AUGACAGAUUUUUGGUGCCACAGUUGUGAAAGAUCACUAAUGAAACCAAUUCAUAGGUACCGUUUGGAGCUUAAUGUCAUAGAUGAUGGCGGACCAACUAUUUUCGUUGUUUUUGAAGAAGCUAAAAGACUCAUUGGACAAGAUGCAAAUAGCCUUCAUGAUAGCCAUAUAAGUGAUAAGCCUGAAGGGUCAAAAGACACUACCACAUCAAAAAAGGAUAAAAAACAUCUUCAUACAACUUUUAUUGAAGAUCAUGAAAGUGAAAAUGGUGAUCAAAAGAAUCAAUUGAUAAACAAAUAUCAAAAAAGAAAAAGAUGGUACGGAAACCCACAUCUCUUCAUAACAUUCACAGCCAACCCAAGGUUGCCGGAAAUUGUGAAAAUGUUAGAACAAAUGGAAGGACAAAGAGCAGAAGAUCGACCAAAUGUUGUAGCAAGAGUUUUCAGACUGAAAUUGAAACAAUUGAUUAGAUGUCUUAAAGAGAAGAGGUACUUUGGUACCGUUGUCGAAGAUGCAAUGCAACUUUCUAAGAAAUACAUCGACAAUAUAAUUCAUAAUGAGAUCCCAGAUAAGACAACAAAUCCAAAACUAUACAAUGUUGUCUCAAAAUUCAAUGUCCAUGGACCAUACGGAAAUGCAAAUCCAAAAUGCCCAUGCAUGGUUGAUGAUAAAUGCAGCAAGAAGUUCCCAAAAUCAUUCAAUGAGGUGACUACUUUUGACAAUAAUGGAUACCCAAUCUACGGAAGAAUGGAUAAUGGCAGGUUUGUCAAGAAAGGCGAGCAACUAUUAGACAACAAAUGGGUCUUCCCUUAUAAUCCUGGAUUGUUGUUGAUGUUUGAUGCCCAUAUCAAUGUUGAAUGGUGUAACACAUCGCGGGCAAUUAAGUAG